CAAAUCGUCGGUUCGUUCCCCCUUGCGGAAGGAAAGGAAUUGAUGCGAUUGGAGACGCGGCGAGACUCUCCGAUCCGUCCGAAGACCCUUCGAUUUCGAUCGGUAGAGGAUGAGCUCCCGGCCGCCAAAUCUCACCUUUAAGCUCGUUCUCCUCGGCGACGGUCGAGUUGGGAAAACCUCCCUUGUAUUGAGAUAUGUAAAUAAUGUUUUCUCCGAGAAACAAGAAGCUACAGUGCAAGCUUUCUAUCUAAAAAAACACCUUGUCAUUGAAGGUGUGCCUGUUACCUUGUCUAUAUGGGAUACAGCUGGACAGGAACGUUUCCAUGCUUUGGGCCCCAUCUAUUAUCGCGAUGCUGAUGCAGCACUUUUAGUAUAUGACAUCACAGACAAUGAUUCUUUUCUUCGAGUCCGAAAGUGGGUUAAGGAACUUCAGCAGAUGGCAUCAAAGGAUAUAGUCAUGGCCAUAGCAGCAAAUAAAAGUGAUUUAGUUAGAUCAAAGAAGUAUGAUAUACAAGAAGCUGAAAGCUAUGCAGCAACGAUUGGAUCAAAGAUUUUUGUGACAUCUGCCAAGUCUGGAACAGGAGUAGAUGAAGUCUUUAUUGAUAUCACAACACGAUUAUUGCAGAAGAAAAAGAAUAGCACCAAUGGCUUGCUGCCUGCUCCACCGAAAAGAGGGAUUCUUGUUGUAGAUGAUGAACCUGAGAAAGAACCCCCACCAAAGUGUUGUUCAUAGUAUCAAGAUUUAAAUUUUUUAUGAGAUAACAGAUACGUUUUGUUGUAUACAACCCACUGUGGCCGGCCCCACACCCUGUGGAGACCAGUGAAGGCAUCACUUGAAGUUUAUGUGAGUGUGUCGUGUUCACAGAUGUUUAGUAGAAUCUUUGUUUUACCGAAAAUUUGACUUGUGUACAUAUUCUUGCUUUGCGCUUGCACAAAUAACGAGUAACUUAUCGACCUAUGAAUUUGUUACUCAUGAUCUUGAUAUUUUGCAUCAACUGGAUCCAUAAUGUUAUCAUAGAUCCUAUUGUGUAUUGUAAAAUCACUGUGUUAAUCAAAACAAUGUUGGCAUUCUAAG